GUUCGGUUUACUUACGACCAUUCAUUUGACUUUCUGUACUUGAUUUACUGGGUCCGUGUGGUGCUCCGUGCUGAAAUCAAGAUCGAUCGUUCCUUUGACCGACUCUGGGAUUGGACGCGAAUUCGUCUCCAUUGAAGGAUCCAAACCUUUGUAUCCUCAAUUUCAAGCUUCAUCUUUUGAAAUGGCUUCAGACAUCCCGAAGGUGGUACCUCUAACCUGUCACGGACAUUCUCGUCCUGUGCCACACCUCAACUUUUCUUCCACUGUUGAGGAUGAUCAGUACUACCUUAUUUCAGCUUGCAAGGACAACAACCCUAUGCUCCGGGAUGGCAUUACUGGUGAUUGGAUCGGUACCUUCUUCGGCCACAAGGGAGCCGUCUGGCAAGCUCGACUCUCCGCGGACGCCAACAUAGCAGCCACCGCAGCAGCAGAUUUCUCAGCCAAGGUCUGGGACACCCACACCGGCGAAUGCCUCCACACCCUUCAACACGCCCACAUCUGCCGCGCAGUGGCAUUCCCCAUCCAACAAAACCCCCAAAUCCUAGCCACCGGAGGCGCGGAAAGGAAACUCCGCAUCUUCGACCUCACCCGCGGCGGCGACAACAGUACCUCCUCCUCCCCCACAGGAACCCAACCCAACCCUGACCCGACAAGCUACGAAAUUGGCCCGGGCGUCCACGGCGGCACCAUCAAAUCCAUCAUCUGGAACAGAGACUACAAUAUCCUCACCACCGCCGCCGAAGACCGCAAAAUCCGCUGGUGGGACCUCCGCUCCCGUCACCCCGUCCUCGAAUACACCGUCGACGGACCAAUCGGUAGCUGCGAACUCAACAGUCUCGCCUUCCGCCCCAGCGACCCGGGUAUUCUCUCCGUGGCAGCCGGUAAAUCCGUAUACCUAUUCGACGGCAUGAACCCGGGCCGGAUGCUGAAGAAGAUCGAUUUCUCAUACGACGUGGCGAGCGUGGCUGUGAACAGCGAGUCUGGACGGUUGGUCACGGGUAGUGCGGAGGAUACAUGGGCGCGUGUUUACGAUUUGCAUACGGGACAGGAAUUGGAGGUUCAGAAGGGGCAUCACGGGCCGAUUUGGUCUGUUAGUUUCUCACCGGAUGGGAAGCUUUAUGGGACUGGGAGUGAGGAUGGGACUAUUAAGUUGUGGAAGGCUUGUCGGGAGUCGUAUGGGUUGUGGCGGUAGACAGAACAGCCUUGCGGUGCGGUCUCUUGUUGAUGAAUAUGGCACGGUGUGAAUGAUGCCAGAGUGCUGAGGCUAUGGUAAUACCCAUGAAUAUGCAUAUUCCUGUAUUGCUCAACUAAUACUA